AUGAGUAAAGGAAUGCCAAGUUAUGAUUUUAGAAACUAUCUUAUAAAUAAUAAGGAAUAUUUUUAGAAAAAUAAGGUUUGGAGUGUUUCUAUAGAAAAAUUGAUGGUAAAUGUCAUAUAAAAGCUAAUAAUUCUUGUAAAGAAAUAUAUAAAUAUUUUGAAUUAGCAUUAAAAUAGCAUAUAUAUUACAUAAUAUUUUAGUUUUUAACCUAUAUAGAAUACUUAUUCAAAGCAGUAAUUUCCAUUCAGGGACUCCUCAACUACUCUGACUUCCCAAAAAUUUAUGAAGACCCCUCAAACCCAAACAGCCUCAUCAUAAGUUUAACUUCACAUCUCCAGGAUAUCUUCAAUUCCGAUUUUAAUGGUAAAUCUUACUCAGAUAUCGCAGAAAACAUAUAUAGCGGCUGAGUCCAAAACCAAAAAGAAUGCGCUGCAAGGAAAAUUGUUUUCAUGAAAAGGCGGAUUUCUGUUAGAGAAUGCAAUACUUCGUUUGGGAUUUGAAAGAAAAUUUCACAGAAUUUUGAAUUGGAGCAGCAGUUUAAGAAGAUGAAGGAAUAUAUAGUAAGAUUGUUAAAAGAAAAUAAAAAUUUACAACAAAAUCAAAGAAAACCCAGAAAUUCUGAGCCUGAGAUCCACCAAAGCUAUUUUCAGAAAAAAGCUGCAAUGAGCCUUCUUGAAAGCUCUUCCAAACAAGUUUCCUCGUCAGUUUUCAAAGAAUUCCCUACAACAGGCUCUCUUGACCUCAACAUUAUUUCAGACAAAGACAAAGAAAAGAGCGAAUUAUUUACCCGUCUCUAUGAAGAAGCAGCCAAAAAACGAGAAGUCUUAGAAAAAGUCCAAGAACAGUUCAAAGACAAAGACUUAGUUGAAUGCACGUUUAAGCCUGAUAUUUACAGCAACACCCAGCCUAACAUUUCUGUUUUUGAAAGGCUACAGAUGUCUGAUAAAAAGCUGAAAGAAGACUUUUAUAAGCUAAAAAGAGAAGAAAAAGAGUUGAGUGAAUGCACCUUUAAGCCGAGGGUAAAUUCUAUAAGAUCGUCAAAAUCGGAGCACUCGUUUGAGAAAUUGUAUAAAGAUGCUGAGGUGCAGAGGCAAAAACAAAGGACUAAAGAAAUUAUUGAAAAAGAUAAAGAGCUUGAAAAUUGCACAUUCAAACCUUCAGUCUCUGUUAUGUCAAGAAAAUCAGAAGACGAGCCACCAAUCUAUAUAAAGCUCUACAACUCUUAUCAAGAUCAUCAAAAAGAGCAGCGGAAAAAAGAGCUUGAAAAGAAAAUCGAAGAAGAAAAAAAUCACCCUUUUACUCCUAAAUUAAUGACACCUAAGCGAGAAUCUUCAGGAACCCCUGUGCACGAGCGUCUUUAUAGUGAAAAAGAAAAAAGAGAAGAAAAAUUAAAAAAACAAAGAGAAGAGCAAGAAAAAGAGUUCGAAAAAGCAAGACAUGGUAGUGUCCCUAGAGGAGAAAGCGACGAAGUCCCAAGAUAUGAAAAUUUGUAUCAGAAUUUUAAAGAAAUUCAGGACAAAAAAGUAGUCCUGAAAGAAAAGUUCAUGAAGGAUGCAGGAAUUAGUUUUAAACCUGACAUGACGAAGUCAAAUAAUAGCUUCCAAGCGAACUCAAGAAGAUCGUCAAGGCCACAAACUCCAAGUAAGCAAAUUGACCAGGGCAAUAAAAGUAGCGAAUCUGGGAGAAAUGAAGAGCGAGAGCCAUAUUCGAAAUAA